AUGUCUUCCUUUCAUUAUUUAUCUAUUUAUUUCUUAGUCUAUCUAUCUAUCUAUCUAUCUAUCUAUCUAUCUAUCUAUCUAUCUAUCUAUCUGACUAGUCCUGGUCAUUCUGUUCUUAACUUAAUUUGUUCAUAUCUAUCUAUCUAUCUAUCUAUCUAUCUAUCUAUCUAUCUAUCUAUCUAUCUAUCUAUCUAUUUCAGUCUGUUCAUAUCUAUGUAUUUCAGCCGUUCCUUAUCUAUCUAUCUAUCUAUCUAUCUAUCUAUCUAUCUAUCUAUCUAUCUAUCUAUCGCAGUCUGUUCAUAUCUAUGUAUUUCAGCCGUUCCUUAUCUAUCUAUCUAUCUAUCUAUCUAUCUAUCUAUCUAUCUAUCUAUUUCAGUCUGUUCAUAUCUAUGUAUUUCACCCGUUCCUUAUCUAUCUAUCUAUCUAUCUAUCUAUCUAUCUAUCUAUCUAUCUAUUUCAGUCUGUUCAUAUCUAUGUAUUUCAGUCGUUCCUUAUCUAUCUAUCUAUCUAUCUAUCUAUCUAUCUAUCUAUCUAUCUAUCGCAGUCUGUUCAUAUCUAUGUAUUUCAGCCGUUCCUUAUCUAUCUAUCUAUCUAUCUAUCUAUCUAUCUAUCUAUCUAUCUAUCUAUUUCAGUCUGUUCAUAUCUAUGUAUUUCACCCGUUCCAUAUCUAUCUAUCUAUCUAUCUAUCUAUCUAUCUAUCUAUCUAUCUAUCUAUUUCAGUCUGUUCAUAUCUAUGUAUUUCAGUCGUUCCUUAUCUAUCUAUCUAUCUAUCUAUCUAUCUAUCUAUCUAUCUAUCUCAGUCUGUUCAUAUCUAUGUAUUUCAGCCGUUCCUUAUCUAUCUAUCUAUCUAUCUAUCUAUCUAUCUAUCUAUCUAUCUAUCUAUCUUUAUUUUCGAUCCUGCAAUCCCUUUCCUACAGACUAAACUCUGUCGUUCUUUUUUCGUUCUUUGAUUCUAUCUAUCUAUCUAUCUAUCUAUCUAUCUAUCUAUCUAUCUAUCUAUCUAUCUAUCUAUCUUUUGUAUCUUUCUAUCAAUCUAUCGUUCUUUCUUUGAUUCUAUCUAUCUAUCUAUUUUCUUUUUUCUUUAUUUUAUCAGUCUAUCGUUCUUUUUUCGUUUCUUUAAUUCUAUCUAUCUAUCAUCUAUCUAUUUCUAUCUAUCGUUUUUUCUUUGAUUAUCUAUUCAUCUAUCUAUCUAUCUUUCUAUCUAUCUAUCUAUUCUAUCAUUCUUAUUUGAUCUAUCUAUCUAUCUAUCUAUUCAUCUAUCUAUCUAUUCAUCUAUCUAUCUAUCGUUCUUUCUUUGAACUAUCUAUCUAUCUAUUCAUCUAUCUAUCUAUCUAUCUAUCUAUCGUUCUUUCUUUGAUCUAUCUAUCUAUCUAUCUAUCGUUCGUUCUUUCUUUGAGUCUAUCUAUUCAUCUAUCUAUCUAUCUAUCGUUCUUUCUUUUUCUAUCUAUCUAUCUAUCGUUCUUUCUUUUGAUCAUUUAUCUAUCUAUCUAUCUAUCUAUCUAUUUUUUCGUUCUUUCUUUGAUUCUAUCUAUCUAUUCAUCUAUCUAUCUAUCGUUCUUUUUUGAGUCUCAUCUAUCUAUCUAUUCAUCUAUCUAUCGUUCUUACUUUGUUCUAUCUAUAUCUAUCUAUCUAUCGUUCUUUCUAUCGUUCUUCUUUGAGUCUAUCUAUCAUCUAUCUAUCUAUCGUUCUUUCUUUGAGUCUAUGAGUCAUUAUCGUUCUUUCUUUCUUUCAUCUAUCUAUCUAUCUAUCUAUCUAUCUAUCGUUCUUUCUUUGAGUCUAUCUAUCUAUCUAUCUAUCUAUCUAUCUAUCUAUCUAUCUAUCUAUCAUCUCUAUCUAUCUAUCUAUCUAUCUAUCUAUCGUUCUUUCAGUCUAUCUAUCUAUCUAUCUAUCUAUCUAUCUAUCGUUCUUUCUUUGAGUCUAUCUAUCUAUCUAUCUAUCUAUCGUUCUUUCUUUGAGUCUAUCUAUCUAUCUAUCUAUCUAUCUAUCUAUCUAUCUAUCUCUAUCUAUCUAUCUAUCUAUCUAUCUAUCUAUCUGUCUAUCUUCCUUUGUAUCUUUCUAUCAAUAAAUCGUUCUUUCUUUGAUUCUAUCUAUCUAUCUAUCUAUCUAUUUUCUUUUUUCGUUCUUUGA